AUGGUGCGACAGCCUGCUCCUCAACAUUACUCUUCUGUUCCUCAGACUUCUGCUAUGCCUGUCAACACUCGCUCGCCGUCGUCAAGGCGUUCCCCCGCUACUGCGCAGUCUGUCUCUAUCACUCAAGGCGUAGCCAGUGGCGCCAUUGGCGCGGCAUACGGUCCUUACUCUAUGAAGUCUUCGAGUAUAACCGUGAGUGAGAAUUCACGGUUUCUUCGAACGCCUUCGCGAGCAUCUCCGGCCACCAGACCUACUGCCACAACAACGACUGUUCCUCCGUAUGUUUGGGAAGAUGAUCCAGAUCUAAAUGAUACUCUCCACAAUUUCAGUCCCGAACAUGACGAUGAUUCUUUCACCAUAUAUUCUCUGCGAGGCUGGCUAAAUGCUGGUGCCUUGGUGGUUAUAGUUGUUGGUAUUGUAAUGCUCUUCGUCGGGUAUCCCAUCAUCGCGUACUAUUCCAAAACCAUUCCCUCGGUUUCAGGAUAUAACCUAGGCGGCAUCAAUGCCACAGGCCAAAUACCUGAUCUCCCUGGCUUGCCCUCCCUCAUCGAUGUGGAUACCCCAACGGAUGCUUAUUCUCGCACCGGUCAAGACGGCUUGAAAUAUAACCUAGUUUUUAGUGACGAGUUCAACACCGAUGGUCGAACAUUUUAUCCUGGUGACGAUCCCUUCUGGGAAGCAGCCGACCUUCAUUACUGGACUACGGAUGACCUCGAGUGGUACGAUCCCAGCGCUAUUACCACAGUCAAUGGGAAGCUCGUAAUCACCUUCAGCAUGGAAGACAUACACGACCUCAACUUCAAAAGCGGUAUGCUUACAUCGUGGAAUAAGCUCUGCUUUACGACGGGCUACAUUGAGGUAUCCGUAAGCAUGCCUGGGGAUUCCAAAACGCCAGGUUUUUGGCCAGGUGCAUGGGCCAUGGGUAAUCUGGGCCGACCUGCUUAUGGCGCUACCACAGACGGCAUGUGGCCAUACAGCUAUGAUGCAUGCGACCUGGGGACGUUCCCAAAUCAAACGUCGGCAGAUGGGAUACCGGCUGCUGCUCUCACUGGAAGCCCAUAUGGUGGGUCCCUCAGCUAUCUACCAGGGCAACGUGCAUCCGCGUGUACUUGCGAAGGGGAAGAGCAUCCAGGUCCCAGUAACAAUAUCGGCCGCGGGGUUCCUGAAAUCGAUAUCUUCGAACAUAUGAUUGACGUCGAUGUCUGGCAAGGCGUUGUGUCGCAGACUUUUCAAGUAGGGCCGUUCAAUUAUCAGUAUCAAUUUGUCAACACGACGCCUGCGACGACUAUUACUGAUCCUUCGAUCACUCAUGUCAAUACGUACGUCGGUUCGACGUAUCAACAAUCCGUUUCUGCGUUGACCUAUAUCGAUGAAACGUACUACAACGAUGAGGCGUACGGGACAUUCGGAAUCGAAUGGUUCUCGGAUCCUGACAAUAGAGAUGACGGUUAUAUACAGUGGUAUAGCGGAGGUGUGGAGUCGUGGAAGAUCACCUCCGCUUCGAUUGGUCCUGAUGCCACUGCCGAAAUCAGCCAACGACUCAUUCCUGAAGAACCCAUGUACCUCAUAUUGAAUCUGGGGAUGGCAGAAAACUUCCAGCCGGUAGAUUUCAAGCAUAUCACCUUUCCAGGAAAGAUGUACAUUGACUAUGUACGGGUGUAUCAACGAGCGGGAACGAAGAAUGGCAUGACGUGCAACCCGCCUCUGCGGCCUACUCAGGAUUAUAUUAACGCCCAUAUCGAGGCCUACACGAAUCCGAAUUUAACAACAUGGGAACAGACUGGAUUCCCCCAACCAAGCAACUCCUUGUAUGAUGGUUGUUAG